GGCUGAGGGAUCAGUCAGUUUGGAGCAGAAGAGGAGAAGGGAGACACUGGGAGAAGUGCACAGCAGAACGAAGCUGAAAGACAAAUUAUUUUCCAAGGAAUCUUUCAAACUUCAAGAAACUGGAAACAUAAAAUUAGACGAGGUCUGGACAAUUCUGAGAAUCUUUCCUUUGCUCUGGUUACUAUUCAGUCCCGGGAAUCACAGAGACCAAAACUCAGGGAAAAGAAAGAAAAACGUUUUGCCUUUAAACCUUCCAGUUUCUUGGAUUUCAGUAGGUGGAGAUUUUUCUACUUUAACUUUUUGUUAUUAUUUCAUAAGUUCUCCCCUGAGCUCUGAUCCUUUUUUUUAUUCUUUAAAAGACCCAUUUCUGUUUUGUUUUUUUUAAUUUAAUUUGGGAAUUGGACUUUUUUGGAACCAUGACUUUCUCCAUGAAGCCGGUGCCUCCUGUGAAGGUGUCGUGGAUGUUUGUUUUUGCUGUUGCCUCGGUACACGUGGUAGUUGCUCUCGGAGACAGUUCUCAAGCCGGCUACAAGGAGGAAAUUGUGUUUCCGGAAAGACUCAACUCGAGCUUCCGUCAGGAGCAACUACUCUGGCCAGGGAAUGAGGUGCCCUCUGAGAACCACCUGGUUUUCCAAUUCCGGGCAUUUGGAGAAGAAUUGAUUUUGAAUAUGGAGAGGGACCCCAGUUUUCUCUCCGAAGACCUGACAGUGCAAUACUUGGGCAAAAACAGACAAUCCGAUGCCAAUGGCCUUUCCGAAAACGGCAGCUAUUUCACAGGAUCUGUCAAUUCCGACCCAGAAUCUAUCGCCGCUAUCAACUACAAUGAAGCCUCUCUAGUGGGAGUUCUACAGUAUCGGGGUGCUGAAUUUCACAUCCAACCCUUGGAAGGUGGAGGACUCAACAGCGUUGAAGGAAUUGGGGCACAUGUCAUCCGCAAGAAAGUUCCAAAUAGGUCCAAAGGGCCCAUGUGCAAUGUAGGACCUCAAGCUGCGACAACAGUUUCCAAUCUUGAACCCAAAGAUAACACUGUAAAGGCCAGAGCUGCCUCAACUAGAUCCAAGAGAUUCGCAUCUGUCCCUCGCUAUGUGGAGACGCUGGUUGUAGCAGAUGAGACCAUGGCAGACUUCCACGGCGCCGACCUCAAGCGAUAUCUGCUCACCGUCAUGGCAGCCUCAGCCAAAUUCUUCCGCCACCCUAGCCUGAAGAAUCCGGUUAAUGUGGUGGUGACUCGGCUUGUUGUGAUUGGAAAGGCGGACAAGUCCCAGAAGUAUGGCGGCCUUAAGAUGACCACCAAUGCUGCUGAGAUGCUGAGAAACUUCUGCGAGUGGCAGAAAGGACUGAACAAGCCAAAUGACUCUGAUUCUGAGCAUUUUGAUACGGCGAUACUCUUCACCAGGCAGAACCUUUGUGGUGUAUCCACGUGUGACACUCUGGGCAUGGCUGAUGUUGGCACUGUGUGCGACCCUUCCCGAAGCUGUUCCAUAGUUGAAGACGAUGGUUUGCAGUCGGCUUUUACAGCUGCGCACGAGCUCGGCCACGUCUUUAACAUGCUCCAUGAUAAUUCCAAGCCCUGUGUGGAACUGAACCGCCCCAGCAACAUGAAGCACAUGAUGGCUCCGGUGAUGUCCUUUGUUGACCCAGAAGAACUGUGGUCUCCCUGCAGUGCCAAGUUCAUUACAGACUUCUUAGAUAAUGGAAAUGGUCACUGCCUUUUGGAUAAGCCUCGUACUCCUCUCCGAUUACCAGUGCCUUUCCCGGGCAACGACUAUGACGCUGAUCGCCAGUGCCAACUGACUUUUGGCCCAGACUCUCGUCAUUGCCCAAACCUCCACAUACCUUGCUCUUCUCUCUGGUGCACGGGCAAAAUCGAUGGGCACUUCAUGUGCCAAACCAAACACUUCCCCUGGGCUGAUGGCACCAGCUGUGGUGUGGGCAAGACCUGCAUGAGUGGCCGAUGCAUCAGCAAAGUGGAGAUGAAAGCCUUCAACACACCGGUUAAUGGUGGUUGGGGUCCCUGGGGAUCAUAUGGAGAAUGUUCGAGGACGUGCGGAGGUGGUGUGCAGUUCUCCCACCGUGAAUGCAACAAACCAGUUCCACGCAAUGGUGGAAAGUACUGUGAGGGCAAAAGGACCCAGUAUCGCUCCUGUAACACCCAGAUAUGCGCUGUGGGCAAUGCUCUGACCUACAGAGAACAGCAGUGUGCUGCAUUCAACCACAGGACAGAUAUGUUCAAGACCUUCCCAUCGCCUAUAGACUGGGUGCCAAGAUAUAACGGCAUUGUGGAGAAGGACCGAUGUAAACUUUUCUGCCAGUCUCGUCCUCUGGGAUUCUACUAUAUGUUGGAGCCAAGGGUGGCAGACGGGACACCAUGCUCCCCUGACUCAACCUCCGUGUGUGUUCAAGGGCGAUGUGUCCAUGCAGGGUGUGACCGAAUAAUUGGGUCCAAGAAGAAAUUUGACAAGUGCAUGGUGUGCGGAGGGAACGGAUCUACCUGUACCAAGACCUACGGAUCCUUCACAAAGCCCAGAUACGGCUACAACAAUGUGGUUACAAUUCCAGCUGGUGCCACCAAUAUUCUGAUACGUCAAAACAGUGGUUCAUCUUCCACCACCGAUGGAGUCUACCUGGCACUGAAGAGGCAAGAUGGCUCCUAUGCCCUUAACGGCAAUUACAUCUUGGUGCCCUCAGAACUGGACAUCAGUGUCGGGGGAGGUGCAUCCGUCAAGUACAGCGGAGCUACAAAGGCAGUGGAGACCAUUGUUGCCCGUGGUCCUCUGAAAGAGCCGUUGACCCUUCAAGCUUUAGUGGUCAAUGACCAGCGAGUGCCGCGCCUCAAAUACACAUUUUUUGUUCCCAAGCCCACGGUUCGUUCUAGCCCACCAAAAAAGACCACAGUCUUUGAAACGUUGAAACGAAGAGCCGAGAUCAUGGAAAUUCUUAGGAGGACAAGGAACAACCACAAAUAAUGAAAACAAUGAGUAGACUGUCUUCAUUCACCAAGGCUAAGCCACACAAGUUCUCAGUAUUUUAGUGAAGGGAAAGAAAUGUUUGGGAGACAAUGGACCUUCAAACAGGCCUAUCAGACAGCACUGUGCUAAGCUGAUUAAAGGAAAGCAAGGCUGGCAGAUAUAUUAGAUGGUUUUAAGAAAGGGUUGGUGAAUUUUUAGCAAGUGAGAAAAAACAAGGUUACUGCGUUCUCUUAAAGGAUCACCACUAUUUUGGGUACCAACGGGAUAGUUGACUCCAGGUCCACCAUGCACAAACGACAAACCUUUGUAACCAAAGACAAAGAAGAUAAUGAAAGACACUUUGGUUGGUGGAACAUAAACUAUAAGCAGGGAUAUUCUUUGGCAUAACCUAGAAGAAGUUCCAUGGAUGAGAACUAGACAUAUUUGUCGUUGCUGAGUCGAAGAAAAAAAAAGCCGCAGAUGUUGGCAGGUCCACCGCUCGUGGCUUCUCUCCAGACUUCUUUCCACAUUAACUCUUGUUCUGUUCCCUCAGCAUUUUACUUCUGCUGGGCAAUUCAUGUCAAGAGCACUAUAGGGGGGUGCAUAUUAGAAGGUCUUGUCCAGUAGGAUGUAGAGCUUCUUCUACCACUAUGGGAUGGGGGGGAGGUCUUCUUCAGUAGGACACUGAGCUUUUUCUACCACUAUGGGAUGGGAGAAGGUCUUCUCCAGUAGGAUGCUGAGUUUAUUCUACCACCACUUUAUUCUACCACUAUGGGAUGGGGAGAAGGUCUUCUCCAAUAGAAUGCUGAGCUUCUUCUACCAGAUGGGACUAUGUCAGUGUCUCUCAGUUACGACUCCAAGAAGCUGCACCCCCAGCAGCAAGCUACGUUGGACACAUCUCCUUGGACUGAAAGUAGGGUCUGGAAACCCUAACUUAUUAAUACGCCUUAUUUAAUAUAAACAUACAGUACAAAGACAUAGAACAAUGAACUCAACGGGGAACAGCCUGAAAUGGCUGGCAGAUGUCCUCCUUGGCACCUCAUAUUUCUGCACAUGGUGUUAGCCAAAGAGGAAUGUUAGCUUGGUUAUUAUAAGUAUCUCCCACGCAAAACAGAAAUUAAUUUGGGCUUUCAGAGGUUAGAAUUAAUGGAUCUGCUGGCCCCAUUACAGGGUCUACAGCAAUGUUAAACCAGACCAGAACUGGCUGUGUGUGUUCCUGGGGCUCUGCCCAAGAACAAGUUGCUGCUGUGAUAUAAUAGGGACUCGUUAGAGCCGUCGCCUCGUUAUGAGGAAACAAAGGUGCUAUCAUGACGAUCCCUAGAGGUCUAAGCCAUGGUCUCGUUGAAGAGAUACCACAGAUAGUCCUGUUACAGGAAUGCCCUGGAGGUGGCACUGACUCACUACUGGCUGCAAUACGGCCUACGGGGUAAAUAUCAUAACAGGCACAAAGUUAGUUGCAACAAAGUAACAGCUUUCACUGAUCUGUUUCAAAUCAAGAACACUGGCACCCGUUAUUACUUUACCUCCGUUUCCAAAUACGGCAACGACACAACCCCACGAAAUAACCCACAGUGUUGACCCCCUUAUCAUUGUGUACAACCUCCCAUUCCUUUUAUUAUUUGCGGUUGCCUAUUUAUUAACUAUUUAUGAAUGCGUAGAUUGGUUGGACAUGUCUCAAGGCGGCAAAACCGCUCGGUGUGGGAUGAUGUCAUAACGUGGUUCUUGCGCAAUGAUGUCACAAAAAUAAUUGCGCAUCAUUCAAACUAAUAGACGAGGUGCUGUUACUCCUGCUCUCCACUAGGGGUGCAGCUAUUGGUUUGCAGGGCUCUUGUCUUCCACCAAUUACAAUGCUACUCUAUAAGGUACACUAUGUACUGGGAUUGUACCCCAUGGUAAGACGUUGGGUAUGGAGAACAGGUGGUGCAGUAGCAUCGUGCCCCAGAUCAUGUCAUUAUGGGAUGUAUCAUAUGAAUAAUGCACAGAAUGCAGGGGCUGGACAUAAAACCAGGCCCUUCAGAUGUUGCCCUUUUUUACUAUAAUGUAAAUGCUGGGGGCCAUGUUACCCUAAUACCGGCCCUUGUGGGGCGCAGGACCUGGUAGCCACCCCAGAGGCCCCCAGCCUUGAUACAGACACCCCCAGAAUAUGCAGAGGUCACAAAUAAAUCCCUGUGUUGGUUUUGAUGCUAGUUUUGUUUUAAUAAUUAUUUUUUGUAUUGUAAAGAAGCAACAUGCACAAGAUUAUUUAAAUAUAUUUAUAUGGAACGACUCCCGUGUUUGUAUUUCUUCUGUCAUGGGCCCGCCCUGUCUGAGCCGUCCAAUCAGCUCCUGGGGUACUGGCAAAUAUGUGGGAUAAGAGGGUGCAUUGGCCCAUUCACAAGAUAUUGGAGAAAAACUCGGGGUACAGAGGGAAACAGCCCAAAUACUGGGUACAUGAGGGAUGAUGCCAAUACUCGGGGUACAGAGGGAACCAGCCCAAAUACUGGGUACAUGAGGGAUGAUGCCAAUACUCGGGGUACAGAGGGAAACAGCCCAAAUACCGGGUACAUGAGGGAUGAUGCCAAUACUCGGGGUACAGAGGGAAACAGCCCAAAUACUGGGUACAUGAGGGAUGAUGCCAAUACUCGGGGUACAGAGGGAAACAGCCCAAAUACUGGGUACAUGAGGGAUGAUGCCAAUACUCGGGGUGAGUCAGUAAAUAAAGUACAGGGGUGCAUACAAAAAAGGUAAAGGGGCUGCAGUGGUACGGAGGGGACUAAAUUUGGGGUUCAGGUGCAGCAAGGCAAUAUGUCAGGUACAGGUGAAGGAAUGUAUUUAUACAUUGGGGGGGGGGAGAAUCAGAUCCAUAGUGUUAUCUCUGUGCUGAACACAAGCCCCCAAUGCCCCAGUCACACACACAGUUAAUUGGGGCGAGAGCCUUCCCUGUGCCUCGGGGGGGGGGGAGUACAACACGCUCUGUACUGAGAUAAAUCUGUUCCUUUACAGCCGUUCCAGCGAUAUUGAUGUAAAUGUGUUGGGAGAGUCUCGCCAAAAAGCUUCAUGAAAAAUAGACCCCAUUUUAUUAUCCAAAUUGAACAGAA